AUGGCUUCCACUGCGCCCUGUUUAUCCCCUCAAGUCAUUGACGGACAUUAUGUGGACCCUCGAAAAUUGAUUAGCCUGUUACAACGAGUGUAUGGGACAGUUGAUGGCAAUAACAAUUUUCGAGUCGAGUUGAGAUUAAAUCGCUACAAGAUAUACCGUCCUUCUGAUAAUGAUAAUGUUCAAACGUUAACUGAGGAACAAAUACAAGACUGUCGAGUAUAUAGAAGGCGCAAUCGUUGA